AUGCCACUGAUUCACAAAUUUCACUCCUCAGUUCUCAAUUUGCAAUUGUUCACUGAUCAUCUCGCGCGCGAUUGUUCAUUCACAAAGCCGAGCUCGAAGGUAGGGGUCGUAGGCCUGGUACUGUUAGUCGCAAUUCGUCAACUGAAGCCGCGAUUGCCCGUCCGCUUCUGUCACUCGUCGGAGUCGCUUUUGUCAGUCCUCGGCUGUUUGGAUUUGGAAACAAUUGGUGGUCCCCGCAUUGUUUGGAGAUUGUAUAAAUACUUGGGAAAUCCUGUGAUGUGGGUUUCGAAAUUGGGGUACGAAGAAGAUCAAAACUCUUCUGUUGGGUGGUGUUGGAAAUUUUGAAACCUGUGAAGCUUUUGUGCAAAAUUGUGAUGGAGAGUUCCGUUAUUUACUGCAGCCACCGUUAAUGCUCGCAAGAUUUGUCUCCAUGCUGGUCUCCAAAAUCCGGUCAGUUUCCUCCAAGAAACUCUUCAGAAGCCUCCAAUUCGUCCGAUUGCAGUCCGUCCCUUCCCUUGCUCAUUUCACUCCUUAUUUCUCCGAUUCGGGUUCCGAGGACCCAAGCCCUGACACGGAAUGCAAUUAUACUGCAAAAGUUUCAAGCAAUUGCACCGACGGAAGGAGGAGCUCUUCUGAGCUGAGCAGCUUGGAGGUCGUCGAGAUUCUAAAAAACAUGCAGGGAGAGCCAAACUCCGCCUUCACGUUCUUCUAUCAGCUUACGGAAAAUGGUUUCCGGCAUGACGUGCGGACUUACUUGGCCAUCAUUAAAUUACUCUGCUUUUGGGGCUUAGACAGAAAGCUUGAUUCAUUGUUGGAAGAGGUUAUUAGCUCGGGAAAUGAGUGCCGGUGUUUCGAGGUGUCGGAGUUGUUGGGGGUGAUUGCUGAAGAGCUGAGGGCCGGCGGGCCUCGCAUUCUGCUUCGGGCCAUUGAUGCCCUUAUCAAGACGUAUGUUACUUUAGGAAUGUUUGAUGAGGCUAUCGACGCCCUUUUCGAGACCAAGAGGCUCGGUGUUGGGCCGUGCUUGCUGUCUUGUAAUUUCUUGAUUAACAGGUUGGUUGGGGGUGGGAAGGUCGAUACUGCUGUUGCUAUCUAUAAGCAGCUGAAGACAAUCGGGCUCAGCCCGAAUGUGUAUACUUAUGCGAUCAUGAUUAAGGCAUACUGUCGGAACAAGUGUUUUGAAGAAGCUGAUAAUGUGUUGAGUGAGAUGGAAGCAGCUGGGGUUGAGCCUGAUUCUUUUAUCUACUUUGCUUAUCUUGAAGGGCUCUGCAUGAACGGCUUGACCGAUUCGGGCUACAAGGUUUUACAGUCUUGCAAAGCUGGAAAUGUCCCUAUUGAUGCUUAUGCUUACACAACCGUGAUUCAGGGAUUUGUUAAUGAAAAGAAGCUGAGGGAGGCCGAGAAUGUUUUGCUCGAUAUGGAAGAACACGGGGUGAUUCCCAGUGAGGCUGACUACCGUGCGUUAGUCCAGGGGUAUUGUGACUCUGGGGAUAUAAUUAAGGCUUUGACUAUCCAUAAGGAGAUGGAGGCAAGGGGUCUCAGGACUAAUUGUAAGAUUCUCACUCCAAUCUUUCAGUGUUUGUGCCAGAAGGGAAUGCAUCUUGAAGCAGUGAACCAGUUUAGGGAGUUUGAAAAGUCGGGCGUCUUUCUUGAUGAAGUUGCGUACAAUGUUGUUAUUGACUCCUGUUGUAAAAUGGGCCAGUUAGACGAGGCCCUAAUUUUUUUCGAUGAGAUGAAGUGUAAGAAUCUUGUGCCCGAUGUCGUGCACUACACCACGUUAAUAGACGGUUACUGUCUCCACGGGGAUAUUUUUGAUGCUAUAAACUUGUUUGAGGAAAUGAACAAAAGCGGUCUCAGAGCAGACAUUAUUACUUAUAACGUCCUUGCCGGUGGUCUGUCUAGAAAUGGUCUUUGGGAUAAGGUUAAAAUCCUUCUGCGUGCUAUUGAACGUGAAGGCUUGGCACCGAAUGCAGUGACACACAGCACAAUCAUUGAAGGCCUAUGCUUUGGGGGGAAACUGAAAGAAGCUGAAGCAUAUUUUGUUAAUUUAGAAGACAAGACUGUGGAAAUUUAUGCUGCAAUGGUUAAUGGAUACUGUGAAUCGAGCAGGGAAACUGAUGGUUAUAAGCUAUUUCUUAGACUUUAUGAUCAAGGAAUUGUGAUAAAUAGGAAUUCUUGUUUGCAACUACUUAGCUCCCUCUGUGUGGAAGGCAAAUUCGAGAAAGCUAUCGCGCUAUUCGAGAUCUUGCUUUCUAUUGGUGAUGGCCCUAGUAAGACGAUGUACCACAAGCUUAUUUCCGCUCUUUGUGGUGCUGGAGAUAUGAAAAAUGCCCGAUGGGCUUUUGACCAUAUGGUCAGCCGAGGGCUUGUUCCAGAUGUAGUUAUUUACACCAUAAUGAUGAACGGCUAUUGCCGGGCGAAUCACCUGCAGGAAGCCAUUGAUCUUUUUGAUGACAUGAAGGUAAAAGGCAUCUGUCCUGACGUAAUUACUUACACUGUCUUGCUCGACGGGCAUCACAAAAUAAGUCGGAAAAGGGUGCGAUCUCGAAAUGCUUGUGAAAGAGGUGAAGACGGAGAGCAGGAAGUUUUAUCUUUAUGCUGUGAAAUGAAGGAGAUGGAAGCUAAGCCUGAUGCCAUCUGUUACACAGCUUUAAUUGACAACCAUUGCAAAGCAGAUAACCUUGAGGAUGCUAUUUUCCUUUUCAAUGAGAUGAUUGAGCAAGGUUUACAACCCGAUACAGUCACAUACACGGCCCUCUUAUCUGGCUAUUGCAAGCGAGGAGAUAUGGGCAUGGCUGAAGCUCUAUUGAAAGAGAUGAAAUCUGCUGGAAUAGAGCCAGAUAGUCGUACAACCUCGACAUAUGAUCAUGGUAUUCUGAGGGCAAAGAGAGCGAAGUUUUUGCAGUAAUUUCUCCUGGAGUUGUCACUUUGUAGGUAUUCCAACUGAAGAAGAUUUUUCUGUGGAAAAUGGGUCUGUGUGGAUUGCACUAGCAGCACUACCCUAGUCAGCUCCAUUCACGUGGGUUGUGAUGGAGUUUUUGUUCUUUUGCUAGUUCAGGUCAUGUUCUGUGGAGUCCCCGCCACCCGGCAGAUGGGCCACACCCUCAAUGUAUUUAUUUGGGCUCGAGAAAGUGUUGCGAGAGCCAUCCCUUGCUGGAGAAGAAUUUAUCUCAAUUUGGAAGCUCGUAACAUGAGGAGACCAUCAUCAUCAGGUGCUGGUGGUUACCUCCACUAGGAAGACCUCUUCCUUCUUCAGUCUUCUGAUUGUCUAGCUGACUCAUCUACUUCCGGUUAUAGGAAAGAUGAAUACAACUGGAGAGAUAAGAAAAUUAUGAGCUUCCUGAAAGAAGAAGUCUUUGCCUCGGCUGCCUUUGAGAACUUGCAGCUGGACAGAAAAGCCCGUAAUUUAACUACUUCAUCUAGGUUUGUUUCUAAGCCCUAAAUUUUUUCAUGCUUG